AUGUCAACUACUACUACUGGGCAAAGGCCACAUCGUCGUAAUGCGAGUAUAGGUACAAUUAGCACUAAUGGUUCAAUUGAAAAUCUUUUAGCAGCGCUACCAAUCCCACAAGUCGAUAAUGACAAUACAAGACAACACGCAUCUCAACAAAACAUACUACUCGAUUCCCCAAAAAACCAAAACCCAAACAUUUCUAUCAUUAAAGAGAAAACUACCAACAUAUCACCUUCAUAUGAUCCACUUUCAACAAAAAAACAACGAAAACCCGAUGGAUCAUUUAUUAGUCCAAAAUCCUCUGGAUUAGACAUUAGAAAAAUUCUUUUUUUUUUUGUUUUCUUAUGGGCUCUUGUCGUAUUUUUAUCUAGUCUAUUCGGAAUAGGUUCAGUUGAUGAAGAAUUACUCAUUGAUAAAGAUGUCCCUAUUAAUGAUCAUACUAUAGUUAAUGAGACAAUAAUCGAUGAUAAUAAAGACUCCCCUAAUGAAGAAAUUGAUGCAUGGGAAGAAAUUGCACAAGAUGAUUGGGAGGAUACAACUCGUCUUUUAAAUAUUGAUGUUGAUGAUAAUAAUAUUGAUAUUAAUAUUACAAGCGAUGAAGAAGAUAUUACUGAAAACAUAAUUCCCACGCAAAAUGAUACUGGUGAUAUAAAAGGUAAAUUUGGAUCUUCUGAUGAUUCAAUAGAUUCAACACAGAUUGGAAUAACCAACAAACUUAAAAAAAAGAAACAAACCAAAUAUGAAAUUAGUGACGCUCUUAACGAGGAUAGUAUUGAAGUUGAUUAUUCUGAUUAUACAUACAUCACUACAAAUCCUCAUUUUACCCAUACUGACAUUGUUGAGUCACUUUCAAUCAAUGAACAUGAAGAGUUUGUUAAUUUACAAAUGUCUCAAAAAAAUAUUGAUGAUAGUUUAGAUCAUUCUUGUGGAUCAUGGCAAGACAAAUAUACAAAAUUACACAAGGAAAUUUUAAACGGAACUGCACCUCAAAGAUAUAUUGGUUAUAUAUGCGAUGCUAAAAUAAAUUGUGGCGGAUUGGCAGACCGUAUUCUUGGCAUGACAUCCACAUUUUUAUUUGCAUUACUUACAAACAGAGCAUUCCUUGCAGACUGGCAAGUUCCCCUUCCACUUGAUGCAAUUUUUGAUUCACCAAAUAUUGACUGGAGCUAUGAUUCUCUUAAUCCUGAUUAUUCUAUAAAAGAUUUUGAUACAACUGAAUUAAAUAUUAUUGAUUAUGAUGUAAAACAUUUGGAUUAUCAUUUCUCACUUUUUAACUGGACAACAAAAUAUCCAGAACCAUUUAUAAAAUUUUAUAUAAGUCAAGGGCUGAUACAAAGAGCUUUUGAUUCUAAAUAUUACUCAUCUAAAUUAAAAGAAAUUGGUCUGAGACCACAUACUGCAUUUGGAUGUUUUCUAGAUUAUUUAUUUAGACCGGUUCCAACAGCAUUAUCUUUUAUCACACAAUAUACAGCCUUAUUUGCACUUCCAAGUAUUUUUUCCGUUGGAAUUCAUAUACGGACUGGAGAUACUUAUGAACAAUCACAUUCAUUACAAGAUUACAGCCACUUUUUUAGUUGCGCUGACCAACUUACACAAACUUAUGCAGCACCAGAUCAAAAAGUGAUAUACUAUCUUGUCACAGAUUCUAUUAAACUAAGAGAAGAAGCAUACACAAAACUUGAACAUGUUAUAAUUUCUGGAUUACCAAUUGAUUCUGGUCAUGGUCAUUAUGAUCACGCAAAUGGUGUAAAUAAUGCAAUAGUUGAAAAUUCGAUUUUGAGCAAAACAGAUUAUCGGGUGAUAUCACGAGGUAGUUUUGGUAAGUUGGCAGUUUUUCGUUCAAAACAACUUCAUUCCACAGUAUUAUUGUCUACAACACGGACUAAAUUUUUAGACUGUACACGUGAGGAUGCGUUUACAACUUUCAAUCGAUUAGCCAAUGAAUGGUCAAUUAUUUAA